UUAUCCACUUGAUACAUUUUAGAAUUUUAGAUUAUGCCCAAAACUCUUUUUUCAAAAUUUAAAUCAAAAGUUAUCAUGGCAUUUUAGACUAAGGUCUAAGGUGAACUGGAAAUGGCGAAAUCAUAAUAUGGGAAAAAUAAUCAAAAGGUUCAUAUCAACUUUAUCAUCCUUUUCAGAAGUUCACAACACAAUCAAACAGUUGGUUGUGAAGGGGAAAUAUGAUCAAGCCCUUGAGCUCUACACUGCAAAAGUUCACUGUUCUCAUGCAAGUAGUACCUUCCUUCUUCCUUCAAUCAUCAAAGCUUGUGUUCAUCAUCAAUUAUUUGGUCUUCAGCUUCAUAGCUAUGUCCUCAAAAAUGGGUACUCUUCAGAAUGUGCAAUAUCUAAUUCUCUUAUAUCAAUGUAUGCAAAAUUCUCCGAAACAAAAGCUGCGUACCAACUGUUUGAUACAAUGCCGGAAAGAGAUAUCAUCUCGUGGAAUUCAAUGAUAAAUUGCUAUUAUAUGAAUGGAUAUUUGUUAGAAUCAUUGGAGUUGUUUAAGGAGAUGUAUAAUGUACAUGGUUUUGUGCCAAAACCUGAGUUAAUCGCUAGCGUUAUAUCUGCUUGUAUUCAGACCAAGAAUUUAAAACUAGGAAGAGCUAUCCAUACUCUUACAGUAGUUGAUGAAAGAAUGGAAACUUCGAUUUUCUUGACAACUGCUUUGGUAGAUUUUUAUUGGAAAUGUUGUGAGCCAGAUUUGGCUUUUCUUGUUUUUCAGAGAAUGGAAGUGAAAAAUGAAGUCUCCUGGACUGCCAUGAUAUCUGGAUGCAUAGCUGAGGAGUUGUAUGCCAGAGCGGUUGAGUUAUUUCGUUUAAUGCAGUUGGAAAAUGUUAAACCAAACAGAGUUACAUUGACUAGUAUAUUACCAGCUUGUGCUGAGUUGAAGUAUGGAAAAGAGAUACAUGGAUAUGCAUUUCGCCAUGGGUUUGACUCGGAUACUAAAUUUUCGUCUGCUAUUGUACACAUGUAUUCUGGAUGUGGGGAAGCAUUGCAGCCAAUGAAGAAUGUAUUUGAUCGGUCAACUAACAAAGAUGUGGUAAUGUGGACUGCUCUCAUAACGAGCUAUACUCGAAAUAAAUCUAGUUGUGAAGAAGCUAUAAAGCUUUUCAAUGAGAUGCUGCUGAGUGGAAUUCAACCAAAUGAUGUUACUUUAUUAGCACUAAUUUCUGCUUGUACUAAUCUAUUAUCGGUAUGCUAUGGGCGAGGAAUGCAUGGCUAUGCUUUUACAAGUGGUCUUAGUUCACAUUUGUUCAUUGGUAACUCCCUCAUAAACAUGUACUCAAAAUGUGGUUUUCUGAAGGACUCUGCUCAAGUUUUCCAAGAGAUGUCUAUAAGAGAUUCUGCAUCAUGGAGUGCCUUAAUCAAUGCUUAUGGGACUCAUGGUUUUGGAAAUAAGGCGUUGGAACUUUUUAAUGAAAUGAAAGAGAGUGGGAUAAAGACUGAUUCAAUUGCAUUACUUGCAAUUCUAUCAGCAUGUAAUCACUGCGGUCUUUUUGAGGAGGGAAAGAAGCUCUUUGAUGAAGUGUCAAAGGAUAAAAGUUGCUCAAUUACAGUGGAGCUCUAUGCUUGCUACAUUGAUCUCCUGGGAAGGGCAGGUAAGCUAGAAGAUGCCAGUGAGGUUAUUAGCAGAAUGCCUAUUAAACCUACCAACAGAAUUUGGAGCUCCCUGAUUUCUUCUUGUAAAUUACAUGGAAGACUUGAAGUUGCAGAGCGUUUGGCUCAUAGACUCAUCAAAUCUGAACCUGAAAAUGCUGCUAAUUAUGCUUUGUUAAGCUUGGUAUAUGCUGAAUCUGAAAACUGGCCUGGGGUGGAAGAUUUACGGCGAGACAUGAAAGAAAGAAAACUGAGAAAAAGCUACGGGUUCAGCAGAAUCGAGCUAGAUGGCUAGAUUUUGUAAUCCUUCUGAGUUCUGUGCACAUAACUCUAAGAUGGAUAAUUAUUUUUCUUUUGUGCCAUGUCAUUCACUGGAAGGGAAGAAUGUUGAGAAAUGGCUAAAACUAGUGAUAGGUAAAUAGAAUUAGAUG